CUUUCCGGUACAGCGGGUUUCUGACCGGUUUUCACGGAGGAGGACUCCGGGCUCAGGAACUUCUAAUAUCCGUCUGGUACCGAGGAAGACCGGACCCAACCGUCAGCAGCAGCGGUGACGGUUCUGCUCGGCUCGGAGCGUUCGGUGAGGCCCGGGAAGAGACUUCAAGUUACCGACGGCCCGGUUCCGGUCCACUUUACCGAGAAGAGCGAGAGCACGGACAGCCGGAGAGCGGUCAGCGGAUCCACAGGCAGCGGCCCGGUCCACCGGCCCGAGACCUCGUGAAUGGAAAUCGGUACAACAGCAUCCGUUGCAGCUCCCGCCCUGUUUUCGUGUCCACGGCGACCCGGAUAUGGCGCCGUCGGAAAAGCCAUCAAGCUCCUGGCCAACUGCUUCCAGGUGGAAAUCCCCAAGAUCGACGUGUACCUGUACGAGGUGGACAUCAGGCCCGAUAAAUGUCCCCGACGGGUCAACAGGGAGGUGGUGGACUCCAUGGUCCGGCACUUCAAGGUGACGAUCUUCGGAGACCGGCUGCCGGUUUACGACGGGAAGACGAGCCUGUACACCGCCAGCCCACUUCCUGUCGCCGCCAGCGGGGUAGAUCUGGACGUCACUCUGCCAGGUGAGGGUGGGAAGGACCGCCCCUUUAAGGUCACCAUCAGGUUCGUGUCUCUGGUCAGCUGGCACGCGCUGCACGACGUCCUGACGGGCCGCAGCGUCCCCGAGCCGCUGGACCUGGACAAACCCGUCAGCACCAACCCUGUCCACGCCGUGGACGUGGUCCUGAGGCACCUGCCCUCCAUGAAGUACACCCCCGUGGGCCGCUCCUUCUUCUCCUCCCCUGAAGGCUACGACCACCCGCUGGGCGGCGGACGGGAGGUCUGGUUCGGCUUCCACCAGUCGGUCCGGCCCGCCAUGUGGAAGAUGAUGUUGAAUAUCGAUGUGUCGGCCACGGCCUUCUACAAGGCCCAGCCCGUGAUCCAGUUCAUGUGUGAGGUUCUGGACAUCCACAACAUCGACGAGCAGCCGAGACCGCUGACGGACUCCCACCGGGUCAAAUUCACCAAGGAGAUCAAAGGUCUGAAGGUGGAGGUGACCCACUGCGGGAGCAUGCGUAGGAAGUACCGAGUGUGUAACGUGACGCGCCGCCCCGCCAGCCUGCAGACAUUCCCGCUGCAGCUGGAGAGCGGGCAGACGGUGGAGCGCACGGUGGCUCAGUACUUCAGAGAGAAGUACAGCCUGCAGCUGAAGUACCCGCACCUGCCCUGCCUCCAGGUGGGCCAGGAGCAGAAGCACACCUACCUGCCUCUGGAGGUGUGUAACGUUGUUGCCGGGCAACGCUGCAUCAAGAAGCUAACGGACAACCAGACGUCCACCAUGAUCAAAGCCACGGCCCGCUCCGCUCCGGACCGGCAGGAGGAGAUCAGCCGCCUGGUCCGGAGCGCCAACUACGAGUCUGACCCGUUUGUGCAGGAGUUUCAGUUCCGUGUGCGAGACGAGAUGGCCCAGGUGACGGGCCGAGUCCUGCCGGCCCCCAUGCUGCAGUACGGCAGCAGGGGGGGCUCGGAACCCUUCACGAACCGCAUGGUGGCCACGCCCAGCCACGGCGUUUGGGACAUGAGGGGGAAGCAGUUCCACACGGGAGUGGAGGUGAAGAUGUGGGCCAUCGCCUGCUUCGCCACCCAGAGGCAGUGCCGAGAGGAGAUCCUCAAGAGCUUCACGGACCAGCUGAGGAAGAUCUCCAAGGACGCCGGGAUGCCCAUCCAGGGCCAGCCGUGCUUCUGCAAAUACGCCCAGGGAGCCGACAGCGUGGAGCCCAUGUUCCGACACCUGAAGAACUCCUACGCUGGGCUGCAGCUCAUCAUCGUCAUCCUGCCUGGAAAAACGCCCGUCUACGCGGAGGUGAAGCGGGUGGGAGACACCCUCCUGGGCAUGGCCACUCAGUGUGUCCAGGUGAAGAACGUGGUGAAGACGUCUCCUCAGACGCUGUCCAACCUCUGCCUGAAGAUCAACGUCAAACUGGGAGGAAUCAACAACAUCCUGGUUCCACAGCAGCGACCGUCGGUGUUCCAUCAGCCAAUCAUCUUCCUCGGAGCGGACGUCACUCACCCUCCAGCCGGAGACGGCAAAAAGCCCUCAAUAGCAGCGGUGGUGGGCAGCAUGGACGCCCACCCCAGCAGGUACUGUGCCACCGUUCGGGUCCAGAGACCCAGACAGGAGGUCAUCCAGGACCUGGCCUCCAUGAUACGUGAGCUUCUGAUCCAGUUCUACAAGUCGACCCGGUACAAACCCACCAGGAUCAUCUUCUACAGAGACGGCGUGUCGGAGGGACAGUUCAGACAGGUUCUGUACUACGAGCUCCUGGCCAUCAGGGAGGCCUGCAUCAGUCUGGAGAAGGAGUACCAGCCCGGUAUCACCUACAUCGUGGUCCAGAAGCGACAUCACACCCGUCUGUUCUGUGCAGAUCGGAACGAGCGGGUCGGACGGAGCGGGAACAUUCCCGCCGGAACCACCGUGGACACGGACAUCACUCACCCCUACGAGUUUGACUUCUACCUGUGCAGCCACGCUGGAAUCCAGGGAACGAGCCGUCCGUCCCACUACCACGUCCUCUGGGACGACAAUGGAUUCUCUGCCGAUGAGUUCCAGCUGCUCACCUACCAGCUGUGCCACACGUACGUCCGCUGCACGCGCUCCGUCUCCAUCCCAGCCCCCGCCUAUUAUGCCCACCUGGUGGCGUUCCGUGCUCGCUACCACCUGGUGGACAAGGAGCACGACAGUGCCGAGGGCAGCCACAUAUCGGGUCAGAGCAACGGCCGGGACCCCCAGGCCCUGGCCAAGGCGGUGCAGAUCCACCACGACACGCUGAGGACCAUGUACUUCGCCUGAGCAGGAGGUCCACAGGUGGUGUCUGAUGCUGCUGGUUCUGACGGUCCAACAGAACCACACCUGUGUGGAGGAGCAGCGUGCCCUGUUACAGCUUCAGACUUUCAGAACCACUCACACCCGGUUGGCUCCAUCCUGGUUCUGUUGGACCUGUCGGUUCCAGCAGAACUUUGUUACUCCUAUUUAUUCACUGCUUCUAUGUUUAACCCAAACACUCGUGGUUCUGGUCGGACCGAUUCAGAAACGGACCCAUGAAGCUGUUCACAGCCUCUCUGGUGCUGGGAGGUGUUCCUGAAGAUCCUGAGAGGUUCUGUUGGAUCAGUCGGUUCUGGUGGGGUUUUCAACCAAGUGCCUGAAAGUGAUCAGCUGAUGCCGUGUGUGUGUGUGUGUGUGUGUGUGUGUGUGUGUGUGUGUGUGUGAUUAAUUAGUUCUUUUUAAUCCAUCAAAGGAAAACCGAAGCCACUGAAUGGUUUAUAAUCCGACUUCGGUCACCUUAAAUAACGGAACGUUUUGACAAAAUCAUGAAGAAACUCGGCGGUUUUUUAAGUCUCUUACUGGAACCUGUGACCUUUGACCUCUGAUGACCCAAACAAGCUCCUGAAGCAGAACCUGGAAGCAGUAUUUUAGCACCGGUUCAAUGUUUACACCGGGAAACCGGAAAAGGAGGAAAAUUUUAAAGGUUCCAGGUUCUGGUUUUGUUUCUGGGAAUUUCCUGGUGAUUCCCGUGUGUUCCCUCCAGCUGAGCGGAGUCCCCGUCGCGGUGGACGCGAAAGAGACUCAGGCCUAGUCCACACGUACCCAGAUAAAUACGUUGUUGAGGACAUGCCAGACCUGUAGGCGGCAGUACUUCCCCCGUUCUUAACCUCGUCCUUCGUCUGUGGUCUUCCUCUAGGAGCAGUAAUUCCGCUUGCAAAAACAAACAAGCAGAAAGCGCUCGGACGAUUGAUAAAGCGAGCGCAGCUCUGAGGGCAUCCAUGCUGUCGGCUAGUGUAAACACAGGUCGCACACGUGAUGUCAGCAGUUUUUUGUCGCGGAAAGUGACGUUGCGGACCUUAAAACUCCGGUUUUGUCCGUCCACACGCAGACACCCAAAACGGAGAAAACGCAGAACUUCACUUUGGCCGGAGUUUUUAAAAAGAUCCGUUUUCGUGUGGAUGGCAGGCAGAUCCCCGGCUACGUGUGGACAGGGCCUGAGAGCGGUGAAAUCAGGAACAGAACCGGACCGCUGCCAGACUCUAACCUCAGCAACUCGUCUCCGAUUCUAAUUUAUGUUUUAAUCACCAAAAUCAGAAUUAAUCUGAGAAAUCCUGAAACGUUCCCAUCAGAUCCCGUUAGCUACAGCAAAUCCCGCACGUCCCAGUUCAGUGUAAAGCCUCAAGCACACACACACACACACACACACACACACACACACACACACACGCAUGCACGCACGCACACACACACGAACACACACACACGCACAUGAACACACGCACGCACGCACACACAUGAACACACGCACGCACAAACACACACACACGCAUGCACGCACACACGCACAUGAACACACGCACGCACGCACACACACACACACACACACACACACACACGCACUUACACACAUGAACACACGCACACACAUGAACACACGCACGCACGCACACACACACACACACACACACACACGCACUUACACACAUGAACACACGCACAUGAACACACGCACGCACGCACACACACACACACACACGCACUUACACACAUGAACACACGCACACACGAACACACACACACGCAUGCACGCAUGCACACGCACAUGAACACACGCACAUGAACACACGCACGCACGCACACACAUGAACACACGCACACACGCACACACACACACACACGCACGCAUGCACACGCACGCACACACACACACACACGCACGCAUGCACACGCACGCACACACACACACACACACACACACACACACACACGCAUGCACGCACACACACACAUGAACACACGCACGCACACACACACACACACACACACACACACACACACACACACACACACACACACACACACACACGCACGCAUGCACACGCACGCACACACACAAACACACACACGUUCUCUUGUAG